AUGCCAGAAUUUCCUACCGAGCUCUUUCUUGUUGUAUUCAGCUUUCUUGAUGCUCGCAGUCUCAUGACCUGCAAGCAGGUCAGUCAGCGUUUCUUGGCCUUGAUAACCGAAACCGUCACUCUUGAAUACACUAUUGAGCUCGCUCUCCAUGGGCAUGUUGACUAUGCAGCUGCUCCACCUUCGGCCGAUCGCCUUGAUCAGUUGCGUAAACAUAACCAUGCGUGGAACAGUCUCAACGGUACUUGGAGUGACAGUAUUCCAAAUCUUCAAGGUCAUGUUUGGGAGCUCUUCGGCAAUGUUCUAGCACAACAUAAUGGAUCAGGAAGUCUCAUCUUUACUCGAUUGCCCUCAUCGAGCCGUUCCAUCGAGCGAAAGGAAUGGUCGAUUUCAUUAUCCGGCUUGCGUAUACGUGACUUUGGAAUGGAUCCCUCGCAAAACUUGCUAGUUCUCAUUGAGUCGCCGCGGUGGGGGCGAACUCCCAAUCCAUCCUUCCAAUUGCAUCUUUGGUGCAUGUCCAGUGGAAAAGUGCAUGAACUCGCCUCCGUACCCAUCCUCAAACAUGCGCAGAAAUUCCCGCAAGACGGAACGUCACUCACCAUACAGAUAUCUGGUGAUCACCUAGGUGUCGAGUUCCGCGGCAUUACAACGAAAGCACUCGUUGUCUGGAACUGGAAGACUGGUCGCAAAGAGCUGUACCUCACUGGAGAUGAGAUCGACUCAUUUGCGUUUUUGACUGAAAAACAUGUCGUGAUUUCCAUGUCUAACGACACAAAGCUGCGCUUGCUCGUCGUGGACUUCAUUGCGGAAUCGUCUGAACAGACAUGCGUCAAUGAUGUGACUCGCUGUCUUGCUCUUCGCCUUCCAAACCUGCAUCCUUCAAAUACGAUCGUGGGUCUCGCAAUCAGGUGUGACCCUUCACCUGCCUGGCCGAAUCAGGAUGAUUCCAUCCCAUUUCAUAUUCAUCCUGAUGAAAUUCUGUAUCCCGUGGCACUUAUCACUGAACAAGGAGACCAUAUUAUGAUCUUUAUUCCGCGGCGGACAAUGCUAGCACAAUUACACCACUUUCUCACAGGAACACAGGAAGUUGAAUGGUCAGCUUGGGGUCCGAAGGGCACGCGUAUCUUUGAUUGUUGGAACCAGGCUAACGUGUCCCAUGUAUGGCCUUGCAAUACGUUUGGAUCCAGAUUCGUCGCUUUUGAUGUCGACAAGGAGGAAAUCGAUGUAUAUGAUUUCAAUCAGAUGACUUUGAAGCGAGAACUGGGCAGUGGAUGUCCCUUGCAAUAUGGCAAUCCCAACGACAGACUUCGGCCUCCAGUCAAUCAAGAGAACCCUACCAUGUUCGUAAUCGAUGAGACUGUAAUUCCCUCGGAUAGCCGGAUAUUCCAAGAAGAAGUCAGGACGUCGCUGCCAUUUCGGGUCAGGGCGGUCCCCACUGUCCUUGGAGCAGAACGUUUUUCAGCGAUGUGUAGUCAAGAUAACAUCAUCAUUGUCAAUGCAAGAGGCGUCUUUGAAAUAUGCAUCUCUCAUUUUGGUUAA